CGAAAAGGACAGACAUUAUGUUUUUGGGCUGGAAAAGGUCUAGUUUGGUAAGUAUAACGUAUGGGUAAUCAUUGAUUGUACGUGCAACAAUGAACGUGAGCAACGGAGACAAGAAGGGCGCAUUAUAUGACCAGGUUAGCAAUCCUAAGGGGAUGAGAGCAGAUAAGGUGGCUACCGGAUUGGUGCGCCUAUUCGACGUCGCCGUAGACUGCCUCAGGAUAUGUCUGUCGUUGUUGUCAGCCAGCGAUGUAGAUCAUGUGAAAGAUGCGAAAGAGAAGUUGGUAGCAGAAAUUGAAAACUUGCAAAUUGAUGACAAAACGAACAAACCGUCUUCAUCGCAGUUGAAAAAGAUGCCGGAAGGAUUAAACCAGACUGGUAAUCGACAGGACAGUAGGUCCAGAGAAGAAAUCAAAAUGGAACGUAAAGCUAAAGCUGCUGAAACGAAGGCAAGAAAAGUUGUUGCGGCAAAGGCAAAGAAAACAUUUAAGCAGAAUAAUGCGCUUGGGAAUGGAGAAAAAGUAUUAGAAAAAAGAGUGAAUCGGGAAAGAGAAUGCCCAACUUCAGAUGGUACUGGACAGCAACGUGUUAGUCCAUUCAAGCUUAUGAAAGAUCCUGGAUUUCCGAGUGGUUUUCGAUCCUCACAGCCUUUCAGAGCUGUUCAUUUCGAUCUAACGACAAAGGAUACUGAGAAAGAAGAAAGCUCAUCAAAACAACCAUCGUUCUCCGAAAUGAUAACACCAAAUAUACAUCCUUCAUUUCUGGAGUUCGCGAGCAGAUGUGAAGCAAAACGUAUUGUUGGUGUUGAUGCUGUUUGCGUAGCAUUUGUGCAGAGUUUCAAGCGGUUCUUGUCCGAUUACGUUGUUUCGCCAAAUCAAGUCAUGUCGCGUGAUCUCGAGCAGGUUAUUCGGCAGCAGUUAAACUGUAUGACGGAGAACGGAAAGUAUUCAUUUCCGCUGGUACUGGAUAAUCUGAUAAAACAGUUAAAAAAAGAAAUUAUUCAGCUGCCGGAUUCCGUUUCUGAACAAGAAGGCAAAGGACGUCUUUAUUGUUGGUUGGAUGAUUUUUUGCAGCAAAAUUUCGAACUCGCAUUGCAAGCUAUAUCUUCAUUUUGCCUCAAAAAGAUGAAAAACACAGUUUUUGUGCUCACUUAUUCAUGGUGUCCAGUGGUAGAACGGAUCAUUUUGGAUGCUCAUAACGACAAAUUGCUCUUUCAUGUGCACGUCUUGGACUCUCCUAUAGAAUAUAAAGGAAGACAACUAGUGAAGACAUUAUGUGAGCGGAAGAUUCCGUGCGGUUAUGGUAUGCUUUCUUCGGUUGGCUAUUUGAUGAAACAGUGUCAUAUGGUUUUGUUGGGUUGCUCAGCGAUUUUGUCAAAUGGAUUCGUAGUGGCAGAACGUGGGACUAGUCAAAUAGCAUUAGUAGCUUCCGCCUCAAAUAUUCCAGUUUUGAUUGCUGCACAAACAUGCAAAUUUGUUGAUCGGGUGCAAUCAUUUUCCCAUGGUAUUCAUGAAGUAAAUAAUUUGAUGGACGAAAGGAAGGAAGUUGUAACUGCCGACUUGAUAACUGCCUUAGUUACGGAAUUACGCAUCUUGCCUCCGAGCUCUGUUCCCGCUGUAUUGAAGGCUAAGCAAUUAGAUUCAUGAAUUUUGAUUCAUGAAUUGUUGUGAUUUAAUAUUAUGUCUUUCAUAUGGACUUUCUAUUUCAUUGUUCUUUUCAGUCAUACACAAGUAUUACGUUUAACUGCUUUCAUAAAUUGAAGUCCAGAUCAUGCAAUUUAAGUUUCAUUAAAAAAGAAAAAAAAACUACCUCAGACAUCAAACGUGUCAACAUUUGCAUAUGUUCAGC